AUGGAUAUUUUUAUAGAUGUGAAGAGUUUGAGAAAGUGAUUUGGACUAAAUAAGUUUAGCCAUUGUAUUGUACAGAAAAUUCGAUUCUCUGAAGGAAAUUUAAGAUUUCCUCCAUCUCCUCCUACCCUCCUCAUCUCUCAAAAGAAAAGCAUGCUGAGGCUGAUUAUAACUGGAUUUUUACGAAAAAUGCUCAUAAAUUAA